CACUUUGACAGUCUUCUCAUGCUGCCUCUGCCACCUUCUCGGGCAGAAGAUAUUUCAACUCUAACACAGCAUGAUCGAAACAUACAGCCAACCUUCUCCCCGAUCUGUGGCCAGUGGACCACCUGUCAGUAUGAAAAUUUUUAUGUAUUUACUUACUGUUUUUCUUAUCACUCAGAUGAUUGGGUCCGCACUUUUUGCUGUGUAUCUUCACAGAAGAUUGGACAAGAUAGAAGAUGAAAGGAAUCUUCAUGAAGAUUUUGUGUUCAUGAAAAUGAUACAGAGGUGCAACAAAGGAGAGAGGUCCUUAUCCUUACUGAACUGUGAGGAAAUUAGAAGCCAGUUUGAAACCUUUGUCAAGGAUAUAAUGGGAAAUGAAGUGAAGGAGAAAGAAAAAAACUUUGAAAUGCAAAAAGGUGAUCAGGAUCCUCAAAUUGCAGCACAUGUCAUAAGUGAGGCCAGUAGUAAAACAGCAUCUGUUCUGCAGUGGGCCCAAAAAGGAUACUAUACCAUGAGCAACAACUUGGUAACUCUUGAAAAUGGGAAACAACUGGCUGUUAAAAGACAAGGACUCUAUUAUAUCUAUGCCCAAGUCACAUUCUGUUCCAAUCGGGAAACUUCGAGUCAAGCUCCAUUUAUAGCCAGCCUCUGCCUGAGGUCCACAAGUGGAUCUGAGAGAAUCUUACUUAGAGCGGCAAACACCCACAGUUCCUCCAAACCUUGUGGGCAACAAUCCAUUCACUUGGGAGGAGUAUUUGAAUUGCAACCAGGUGCUUCAGUGUUUGUCAACGUGACUGAUCCAAGCCAAGUGAGCCAUGGGACUGGCUUCACGUCUUUUGGCUUACUGAAACUCUGAACAGUGUAACCUCGCAGGCUGCCACUGAGCUGAUGCUGGUAGUCUUCAUAAUACAGCAAAGCAGUUAAGACCACCACUCCCCUGUUGAACUGCCUAUUUAUAACCCUACAAUCCUCCUCAUGGAGAACUAUUUAUUAUACAUCCCAAGGCAUGUAGGGCUGCAUUAAGUGAAUUAUGGGGUAGGUGAAACCCAAAGAGGCCCUGUUCCAUAAGAGCUUAUAUUCUGAAGCAGCAACCUGAUUGAUGCAGACAUACAGAGAUUCCUGUGAAAAGACAAGGCCAUUAUGCACAGAUUGAAUUCUGAGUAAACAGCAGAUAAUUAGUAAGUUUAGGGAGUUUUUUUAUCUGCAGUGUCUUUCAGUGGAUAAUGUAUUUGAUUUAUCAGUGAAGAUGCAGAAGGGAAAUAAGAAGCCUUAGCUCGCAUUUAGUUGUAUGGUUGAUUCUGGGUCCCUGUGCCACUGAUGAUGGGGACAGGCUCCAGAAAGAUUAAGGCAGUGGCGAACUAAAAAACUUCUCCCCCACCAGCCCCCCAACACUCAUUCUUUCUUUCUCUCUCUCUCUCUCUCUCUCUCUCUCUCACACACACACACACACACACACACACACACACACACACACACACACACACACAGUGUCAGGCUGUUGCUAAUCAGUUAUAUCAACCCUGUCCCUAUCUCUACCACUGUAAAUGGGAGGGGGAACAGAGAGAGCAGCUCUGAGCCUGACCACUCCUCCUCAAGAAGUGACUGUAUUUAAAGGAAAUCUAUUGUAUCUGCCUGCAGUCUUCAUUGUUUCCAGAGUGAACUUGUCAUUAUCUUGUUAUUUAUUUUUUGAAUAAUAAA